UCUCUGGUCCUCAGGUAUGUCCACGCCCUCUACCUGGGCGCUCAGAGCCGUUGGCACAGCAACGGGCCUCGUCGCCACUUCCACUGGAGGCUGAUGUUUGAGAGCGCUGACAUCACCAUGCUCCGCCUCCUGGAGGCCUUUCUGAAGUCUGCACCGCAGCUCGUCCUCCAGCUGAGCAUCAUGAUCCAUGGAAACACCGUCCUCCCUCUGCAAGGUCUCUCGGCCUCAGCCUCUCUGGUCUCUCUGGCCUGGAUGAUCGCCUCGUACCAGAAAGUUCUGCGGGACUCCCGUGAUGACAAGCUGCCCAUGUCAUACAAGGCCGUGAUCGCACAGAUGCUGUGGCACUUCUUCACCAUCGGGGCGAGGACCGUGGCCUUCGCCCUCUUCGCCUCCGUCUUCCAGCUGUACUUCGGCAUAUUCAUCGUCAGUCACUGGUGUGUCAUGACGUUCUGGAUCAUCCAAGGUGAGACUGACUUCUGCAUGUCCAAGUGGGAGGAGAUCAUCUACAACAUGGUUGUGGGCAUCAUCUACAUCUUCUGCUGGUUCAAUGUGAAGGAGGGCCCCAGCCGUUUCCGUAUGACCGUCUACUACUUUGUGACACUGGCUGAGAACGUGGCCCUGACCGCCGCCUGGUACACCUACCGUGGCCCGCACACCUCCGACUCGUACGCCCUGGUGGUGGUGUGCCUGGUGGCUUGCAGCUUUGCCCUGGGAACCUUCUUUAUGUUGGUGUACUACUGCUGGCUGCACCCUGAUGGGCCUGUGCUGGGCUCUCAGUGGGGGGGCUGCGUGGACGAGGGCAUGGUGGGUGCAGGGGGGGUAGCGGGCGUCAUCGAUGCUUGCCUCACCCCUUCACAAGGGUCACAAACAGACAUGGUCAUUACGAGCCCUCCGAGGACACUGCCCAGGACUAAAGACACAGGGGAGCCAGUUCCCGGGGAGAGAGAUAGGGACAAGGAGAGAGACAGGGACAGUUGCCUGCCUGUCUUCCAGGUACGUCCCUCCCCAACCUCUUCUCCUGCGCUCCUCCACAGGACCUCCUCCUCAUCCCGUGCACAGGAGGGUCCCGUCAUCAGGAUCGACCUCCCAAGAAAGCGAUAUCCGGCCUGGGAUGCACACUUCAUCGAUCGCCGGCUCCGCAAGACCAUCUUGCUUCUGGAGACGACGUCAGCCGUCAGCCCGCGGAUACAGUACAGGAGUAGCCUGAUGGGCAGCAAAGAGGUUUUAGAAUAUGAGACAACGGUCUGA